AUGACCUCCCCCAACCCCAAUCCUGGUACGCCCCUCGCCGGCCCUGGGUACUUCCCGUCCCCUGCCGGACCCCGCAACAUUGUCCUUCUCCUCGACGGCACCUCGAAUCAAUUCUCCGAGCACAAUACCAAUCUCAUCAAGCUCCUCUCUGUCAUCAAAGCGGAUGAGUCCCAGCUGGUCUACUAUAGCUCGGGGUUGGGGACGGUCCUGCCCGAGUCGUCCGGAGCGUGGGGCAAGUUGAGGCAGAAGGGAGCGCAGAUCCUUGACAUGGGUUUCGCCUUCAACUUUGACGAGUUCGUCUGUGACGCCUAUCGAUACCUCAUGGAGUACUACCGCACCGGCGACAAGAUCUACCUCUUUGGGUUCUCGAGGGGCGCGUACACCGCCAGGGCUCUUGCGGGAAUGAUCCAGCGGGUCGGCCUGCUUCCCGCCGGUAAUGCCAACCAAGUCACCCUGGCAUAUGAGAUGUAUACCGGUCCCGAGCACCCGCGCGACUCGAAGAAGAAGGACCCGUCUGUCCUUUAUCGUCGGAUCUUUGGACGGUCCAGGCCAGUCGCCGUCGAGUUUCUGGGUGUCUGGGACACCGUCUCGUCCCUUGGUGGACUUGAUAUCAAGUUGAUGCCAUUCGCGGCCGGCGCCAAGUCCGUCAAGAUCUGCCGUCACGCCCUCGCCCUGGACGAGCGCCGUGCCCGCUUCGCCCCCGAAUUCUGGCGGCGCGACGAGCACGAGACCGACCUCCUGCACAAGGUCGCCGAGAUCAAAGCUCAGCUCAAGGCCAAGCCGAACGACGCCACUCUCGAGAAGGAGUUGGCCAAGAUCGAGAAGAAGCUCAACGACGAUUACCCCGCCACUGCGCUCGUUGGGCCGUCGGGGGCGAAGCGGGAGAUGCUCAAGUCGGUGGAGUGCUGGUUCCAGGGGUGUCAUUCGGAUGUGGGAGGAGGAACUACUUUGAACGACGAGCCGUCCCUCUCCAACAUUCCCUUCAGGUGGAUGCUCCGCGAGGCGGUCCACUGCGGUCUUCUCCUCGACCCCGAAGGCGUCGCGUACCAGAAAGCCCUCAUCAUCCCUGUUCCCCCUCCCCAGCCGACCCUCUCAUCUGCCGUCACUACCGAAACCCCCGCCAAGCCGGCCGACAACGCCCUCAAGGCCAUCGCUCGCCUUCGCGACCUGCUCGAGGAGCAGGGGUACGACGCCCGGCGCGAGUCGGAGCAGGAAGACGAGGUCGAAAAGCUCCGCAGGGCCCUUCCUCAGGCGGAACUCACCAAGAUCAUCGAGGUGGCGGCGGCGCUCGACUCGGCUCAGCCUGCCUCGGGCUUCGGCGCGGUCAACUCGCUCAGCAAGGAUCAGCUGGCGGGGAUGAAUGAGAGUUUGGUCGGGGUGUGGAAUGUCCUGGAGCAUAUCAUUCUGAAGACGAGGAAGUAUACCAAGGAUGGCGACAAGGAGAAGACCGAGAUCAGUGUCAACCACGGCGACGGCCGCCAGAUCAUCCCCGGGCAGAAAUGCCAUCGCUCCGUCCUCCUCCGCCUUUUGUACGAAGCGCACCAUCACGGCUCCAAGAAGCUCCAGGAUGGCGAGAAGGCGCACUAUGAUGGUCCAGCCGCGCACGUCGCCACCGGCUGGCCCGAAUGGGAUGCGGUCAAGCGGGGCGAGGAGAAUGAUGAUGAGAUUUGGUUGGAUUAG